AUGGCAAUAGAGUCUUUCCGUCUGGGCAUAUCCUUUCUACUCAGACCAGUUUCUUUGGGGCAAAACAAGCCAACCCCCCAAAGACCAUCUCCACCGUCAAAGGAUCAGAUAUUCCAUAUAUCUCAGGUCCCAGAAUGGAUGCAAUGGGAUCCCUACAUUGUGCAUGGAUAUCGGCCUCAGCUGGGCAGUUUCGAAGACUGCUUCUGGUCGUUGUUCUACCUGCAUAACGAGUUCAUCAACACAUGGUCACAUCUUCUCCCGGGGUUGUAUUUUAUGGCUCUACUUGUCAUGGCGGAAUACUGGAUUUCUUACGUUCCUCUCGACGUCGCCUUUUCUGAUAUCUUGGCCAUUCAAAUGUACAUGGCUGGAUCAGCUGGAUGUCUCAUAUUCUCCGCCGCCUUUCAUGCUACCAAUGCGCGUUCCCAACAAGUUGCAGCUGCUUUUUUAAAGUUAGACUACCUGGGUAUCAUCAUAACAAUCUCAACAACUUGCAUGUCAGUCACCUAUUUUGGACUGUACCACUCGGCAUUCCUUCAAGCUGCAUAUAUAUCCUUAACUGCGUUCUGUGCUGCAAUCGUCUUCUGGGUUAUUCUGGAUCCUCGGAUGGACGGAGUCCAUUCCGGACACUUGAGGGCUACCGUCUUUACUCUUCUAGCAACAAGUGGGGUUGCUCCAAUAUUACAUGUUGCCGCUUUCGAGGGGGCAUACGGUCUGAAGAGGUUUCCGUUGGAAAGCUUGUCUGUGACGCUUACCUCGUAUGCAGUUGGCACCGCUGUGUAUGUGUCUCGGUUUCCAGAGAAAUUCUGGUCUCAUCGGUUUGAUCUUUUGGGAGCAAGCCACCAGAUCUUCCAUGUACUCAUUGUAUUUGGUCAUAUUGUCCAUCUCUAUGGACUCCGGGGUGUCCUCGUUCAGUGUUCUUUGGAUACAGUUCCACAGAUUAAUGCUGCACCUUAG